GGAGACAGAUCCUGCUGUCAAACCGUCUUUGACAGAAGUGACGGCAUACACGACAUCAGCAUGCUGUUCUUACCGGUACUGUUCCUGCUCCCUGCUGUCCUCUGCGGUGUCUCUGCGGUGGAAUCACCUCCCACGUAUGAGCAUCAAGACCCGUUAACUGGGAAAAUCCUCCGCUGCGACAAGUGCCCACCAGGCACACACAUGGCCGCGCACUGCACCGCCACCAAGCCCACCCAGUGCUUGCCGUGCAGAGAAAACCACUUCACCGACCUGUGGAACUACCUGCCCAAGUGUCUGUACUGCAAGAACCUCUGCAAUGGGAACCAGGAGGUUGAGAGAGAGUGCUCAUCGGUAAGCGACAGAGUCUGUCGGUGCAAAGAGGGCUUCUACUUGUUCAAUGACUUCUGUAUGGCACACUCAGAGUGCGAACCCGGAGAAGGCGUUAAAACGAAAGGUACUUCUGAGCUGGACACUGUCUGUGAAAAGUGUCCCGAUGGCUACUUCUCCAGCUCAUCCUCCGCCACGGAGUCAUGCGUAAAACAGCAGGAAUGCCCCUGCGGGCAGACUGUGCUCCUCCCCGGUUCAAUUUACCACAACACAUUAUGUGGCUCCUGCGAGGAUUUUGCAAAUGGAGGUGAAACGCCCAGAAAAUUCUACGCAAGAUUAUUUAGUAUGCACAGGACGCCGCGUGCGGGGAAACUGAGGAAAUUUGUUGCAAGGUACAUCCGUAAGUCAGGAGAGGAGACUCUGCCUCAACACAAAGGUCCUCUCUUGGAUGAAAUCAGAGAGUGGUUGGAUAAGGCUUCAGUAGAGGAGCUGAAAAAAUUGCCGGAGAUGCUGAAGGCUGUACAGCUCAACUCCAUGACAGAAAAGCUGGAGAAGAGACUGGACGAGAUUGAGCAGACACUUAACUGUAGCUUAAGUCUCUGAUGUACUCAAAGGACUGUCAGAGUCCGUGGGACUAAAACAUAUACAGUACCUCUUUGUCUGAAAGAAGCAACUUUUUGGUCCAUUUGAAAACAAGUGAAAUAUCCAAAUGUUUUAAAUAUCACUUAAAUUAUAGGUAGUACGUAUACUGACAAAUCUAUUUUUGAUACGAGUUAUGGCUAAAUAAUUAUUAUUCUGGAAAUGUAUGAAGUUUUGUAAAAAUCUGUGAUAUUAAACUGUAAACUGUCAUGUGCAGAAGCUAAAUAAAACACGUUUUAAAUGGGAAGUCACAUUGAAAGUGCAAUUUAACAAAAUAACUACAAGGUGUUGCCAACUUUUCUCUUUAACUCUUUGGUCACUGUAGUGAAAAACAUUUUUAUCAUUUAGGUCUAUAAUCAAGCGGCAAC